GACAGUUUUAGGAGAAUUUCAUUUUCUUAGCGAAAAACAUAUUACUGUUCUCUUGGCGAAAAACAUACGUAUCUUAUAACUGUGUGUCGUUAAUAAAGUAGAUGUUAAUUUUCAGAUUAAUCAGCGGUGCUUUAUUGCUCCGAGUAGCUUACUCUUUUAACACUAUGACUACAAACCGAUUAUGCAGCGUUGGAGGAGUUAAAUAUUUAUCACAGGCAGAAGCUACCUCUUUAGACCAGGAUCUCUUUACUGAUUAUAGAUUUAGUGUUGAUCAACUAAUGGAACUUGCUGGUUUGAGUGUAGCCACAGCGGUAGCAAAGUCAUACCCAUCAGCAUCAUAUGGUAAUGCUUUGGUUAUCUGUGGACCAGGAAACAAUGGAGGAGAUGGAUUGGUAGCAGCACGUCAUAUGACAUUAUUCGGAUAUAACGUAGCUGUAUACUAUCCAAAACGGACUCCUAAACCUCUUUAUGAGAAUUUACUAGAGCAAUGUCGAAGGUUUGGGGUUACAAUAAUUGAUACGCUGCCUCAACCAAGUGACUUAAAGACUGAAUAUAAAGUCUUGGUGGAUGCAUUAUUUGGAUUUAGCUUUAAACCACCUGUUAGAGAUGAAUUGAAGCCUGCAUUAGAUGCUUUGAUUAAUAGUGGUCUUCCUGUCUGCAGUGUUGAUAUACCAAGUGGAUGGGAUGUUGAGAAAGGACCUACCGAUAGUAACGCUUUGAAGCCAUCAGUCCUCAUAUCCCUGUCAGCUCCUAAACUAUGUGCCAAACCAGAAAUACUGGAAAAUGCUAAACAUUUCCUUGGUGGGAGGUUUCUACCCUCAGGAAUAAUAUCAAAAUACAAUUUAAAGUUGCCAACAUAUCCAGAUCAAGAUCAAGUGGUUCAAUUAUCUUGUUAAUAAUUACAAUAUAUAUUAUAACCAUAAAAACUUAAUUUUGUAUCAUCAAAGAAAAAACAAAUUAGCAUUUGUUUUUAAAUGUUAUAUUUUUACUAGUGUAAUAAUAUUGCAUUUACAGAUUUUGUUUGAGGGAAUAAGUAACUUUAAUAAUAAUCUUUAAUGUAUAAUCCCUGCAAAUUGCUAAUGUGCCUGUUCACUAUUUUGAUAUGUAAUUGUGUUAAAAUAUCAGUACUGUUAACACUGUUUGGCAAGUACACUUAUUAAGAUCACACAUCAUUUUUGUUAUGUUUUUAUUGGUUGUUAUAGUUAAGAAUUUAUUGUUACUUGUUAUGCUUGACUAUAAUAGCAACUGCUAUUAAGAUUUUUCACUAAUUAUAGAUAUAUCUAAUGUCUCUCAUUUCAUUAUUGCUUUUGGUUGUCUCAAAAAGGGCUUUCCGUUUGUUAUCGUAUUAUUACAAAGUAAUUUGUUUUUUUUU